AUGUCAGCCGCCGACAAACUGACCACGUCCGAGUGCCUCUCGGCUCCGCACGACAACCUGGUGCACUUCAGCCGCUGCGUCAAGUUCGGCGCACGCCAAAAGUACCUCGAGAACGCCCCCGCCGAGGUUCGCGGCCAGAUCGACCAUCUGCUCUCCCGUGUCGAAGACGUCCGCUUCCACAUCGAGGCCCGUUCCGACGGCGAGUUCUGGACUGGCCGCCUCGCCGACCACCUCUCAGACCUCCGUGCCAAGCCACAGCCGCGCAAACACGACCGAUCUCUGGCCGAGGCUACCCUGUCGGUCCUACACCUCGGAAGCCACUCUAGCCACACGGGCCCCGAAGAGACUCGCCCCCCGCUCCCCGGUACCGGUGCCGCCGCUGCCGCCGCUGCCGCAGGCCCCGGCGCCAGCCUCGACGGAGCUCUCUCCGUCCCGAACGGCCAGCCCAACGGCAGCCCCCAGAACGGCCAUGUCCAUGGCAACAACGCCCAAAACCACGCACACAGCCACCUUCACAUACACGGCGCUCACACCCACGGUGCCAACGGGCACGCCAACGGGCACGCCAACGGUAAGUCGAAGAACUCGGCCAAGGACUCGGACAGCCACUACAAGGGGCUGCAUGCGGGAGCCGUCUUCUUCAAGGAUGGCUUCCCGCAUUCACACUCCAAGCUCGAGGGCACCUUCCCCCACCAGAACAUGCCCCUGGUUGAUCUGCUCUCCAAGGAUAAGGAUAGGAACGUGCUCAUGGAGGAGUGCGACGAGGGCAUCAUUCGUUGGUUCCACAUCCCCGCCAACAACAUGGCCUGGGUCGAGGAAGUGAUUGCUCGCCACUACAACGAAGACCGCCCGCCCAGGAACGAGCUCUUCGAGAGGGCCAAGGGGGGGUCCAAAACCCAGGAGAUCCUGCGCCGCGUCAACUGGCGCGGCCACAGUCGCGAAGCCAUCAAUCCGCACAUCGCGCCCCACAACCGCCAGCUUGAGCCCUCUUGUGAAAUCGUCAAGACGGGCACUACCACGGCCAUGGCUCUCUUCGCCCCCUUUCUCCACUGGGACACGGAGCAGGGAUGGCAGAGACAGCAGAAGGCGAUACUCGACGCCACCCGCGUCGCCAACAUGCAGACGGCCGCCUCUGCCCCCAAGGACCGCGUCCAGGACAAUUUUAACAGUGAGCUGCGCGGCCACCACGUGCAGAGCACGACGCUGUCGUCGCUCGCCCACGAGGCAAUCUCCAGCUCGUCGAGCCACCUCAGAUCCAUGACGACACGCGCCGUCAGCCGCCGCGGCGUCGUCGGGAGGGUCCUGUUCUGCGCCGCGCGCAUCUUUAAGCUGAUGGCGUCGUUUGAAGACGACGAGCUCGUCCGCGAAUAUCUGUUUGCGAACCCGCCCCUGCACCCGAGGCGGAGCCUGCACCAGACCUUCACCAAGUACUCUAGCUUCUUGCUCGAGACGGAGAGCCUCGACCGCGAGCAGAUUGUAUACAAGGCGACGGCGCCCGUCACGACCCCCGCGUCGCGCCCCAACUGCAACAAGUGGUGCCAGUGUUCCGACUGCAAGAAGGAGAGGGCUGCCGUCCCGAGGCUGCUGAUGGUCGACCAGCUAUGGCUGUUUGUGCUGGACGAGAACACCAUAAUCACCAGCUUCCCGCAGCGGUGGGGGUCGUGGUUCUCCGACGACCCGUCGGGCGUGCACAAGCGCGUCUGCGAGCGGCUGCAGUGCAACGGGAACCAGGACGUCUCGACGCCGUACGAGCUGGCCCUGACCAUCUACGACGUGUGCUGCCGCGUGUUUUACGAGAGCACCACCUAUCUUGACCGGCAGCCGCAGAUGAACUUCAUCUUUGCCGAUUCGCUCAACUUUGUGACAACGAGAGAGCUGGCCGCACGCCAGCAGCUGUCCAACCUGGCCCAGGACAUCUGGACCGCCUACGGAUCGCCCGACAAGGCGGGCAUUGCCGAGGCACACCGGGAGAUGCUCAACAUCAACCCCGAAGCCGGCCUAAUGCGCCAGGUCGACAACAUCCUCAGCGACCUCAAGGUCAUCCGCCAGAUCAAGGUGGUGCAGCAGGAGGUGCUCGAGCAGUACCACGUGAACGUUGCCCGGCAGCUGCUGCCGCAGUUCUCCCACGCCGGCCACGAGCUGCACACGCCGCGUCUGCGCGACGUGCGAAGGAUGCGCGACGCCCUCGUCGACGACGAGACAAUCCCCGUGCUGAAGAGAUCGGCGGCGACGUGGACGCUGGCGCAGGCCGACGACUUUGAGGAUCUGUUUGCCGACCAGUUCCGCCAGAUCGACAAGCUCUACGGCGCCGCCGAGUACUGCGCCAAAAGGCUAGAGGAGCUGCUCGAGACUAAGAGCCGCUAUGCCGGCAUCAUUUCGGCGUGGGAGGCGGUGGCCAGCAAUGUCGAAAUCACCAACCAGGGAAGAUCCAUCAUGCUGUUCUCGGUCCUAUCUAUUAUCUUUCUCCCUCUCUCGUUUAUUGCCAGCCUCUUUGGAAUGAACAGCAUGGACUAUGAGAAUGGUCUGGCCUCGUUCGCGUCGGAGCUGGGCUACAUCUUCGGCAUUUCCAUCCUGGUAAUCUUCCUCGCGCUGCUGCUCGCUUUCGACAAGUUCUCGCUGGCGCUGCUGCUGUACGGCCUCAAGGUGCCGAGCAAGUGGCUCAGCACGCGCGUGGCCAUCUACGAGCCGCCCGUGCUGCAGCGCUCGCGCAACUACCGCAAGCUCAACGAGAAGCGCGUCCGCAAGAUCCGCGCCAUGGAGGAGGAGAUUGAGCGCGCCCGCGCCGUCCGCGACACCAAGCUGUUCUGGAAGUCGGUCGAGGACGAGCAGGCCCGCCGCCGCGAGACCAUGCGCAACAAGAACAACGGGCGGCAGCACCGCGUGCCGAGCGGCAACUUUGACAGUUUUGCCGCUGUGUAA